UAAUUAUUUUCCUAGCAGACCGAGGGCAGAAAAAUGAGAAAACUGCAUCAAAAACUUCAGUGGAUUUCCAGUAGUCCCCAGAAUGGAUUCUCAUCUUCUCUGAACCAACAGAAGAGGAACUAUCCUCUGAAUCCUCACCUGAAUCCUGAGGAAUACUUCACCCAAUUGGAUCGAAUUGGCAAAGGCUCUUUUGGAGAGGUCUACAAGGGCAUAAACAACCACACAAAAGAGGUGGUGGCCAUUAAGAUUAUUGACUUGGAGGAGGCAGAGGAUGAGAUUGAGGACAUCCAGCAGGAGAUCACACUGCUCAGCCAGUGUGACAGCCCUUAUGUCACCAAAUACUACAGCUCCUAUCUGAUGGGGACUAAACUAUGGAUUAUUAUGGAAUAUUUGGGAGGUGGAUCAGCCUUGGACUUACUAAAGCCAGGGCCUCUGAAGGAGACAUACAUUGCCACCAUCCUCAGAGAAAUACUGAAAGGACUCGACUACCUCCACUCAGAAAGGAAGAUUCACAGAGAUAUCAAAGCGGCCAACGUGUUGCUAUCCGAACAUGGAGAAGUGAAGCUGGCAGAUUUUGGUGUGGCAGGCCAGUUGACAGACACACAGAUUAAGAGGAACACAUUUGUAGGAACACCAUUUUGGAUGGCACCAGAGGUUAUCAAACAGUCUGCAUAUGACUUCAAGGCUGACAUCUGGUCCUUGGGUAUCACAGCCAUUGAGCUUGCUCAAGGAGAGCCCCCAAACUCAGAACUUCAUCCCAUGAGAGUCCUGUUCCUCAUCCCUAAAAAUAACCCCCCCACCCUGGAAGGCUCCUACAGCAAGCCCUUUAAGGACUUUGUUGAAGCUUGUCUCAAUAAAGACCCACAAUUUAGACCAACAGCCAAAGAGCUGCUGAAAAACAAAUUCAUUACCCGCUACACCAAGAAAACCUCAUACCUGACAGAACUCAUUGAUCGAUACCGCUGCUGGAGGUCAGAGGGCCACAGGGAGGAAUCAAGCUCUGACGACUCGGACAUGGAAGGGGAUGAUGGAGACCAAUGUCCCAAGUGGACUUUUCCUACUGUACGGCCAAAUUCUUUGAACAAGUUACAGAGAGGCCUCAAUCAUUCAGACAGUAAGACAACAGAUGUUUUGAAGAGGCAGCCAAAGUCACCUUCUUUGAUGACUUUCAUUACGCCCAUCUUCAGAGAGAUGAAAGAGAAGCGGCGUGUAAGUGGAAGUGGUGUGUGCGCCCUGGAGGAGCUGGAGAACACCUUCAAACUCGCUGAAGAGUCACACCCUGGAAUCUCUGAUCGGUUAAUCAGUCACAUCAUGGAGAGAGUGUGCAAUGCCAGUAUUUCCAGUGUUACAGAUUCCGUGCUAUAGAUUUUGUACUACGCUGUGGCUGUUGCAUGCAGUACUGAAUCUUCUGCAGGGGUGAAAUGAGACUUGGUUCGUCUCAACCCCCGCAGGUUUACACUCAAUGGAAACAACAAACCUUCGGAACGGUGAUGUCCGUCCGACUGCUGGUCAGCCUUGCCCAAAUGGAAUGCCUAUACGGACAACAGACCCCCCCCCACCCCUCCUGAGCCAGUGAUCUAUGCCCACCUGCUGGCGACCAAAGUGUAUUUGAUGCAAUAUUUUUUUUUUACAGUUUCCUUGUUUUGAAAUGUAAAAUAUGAAGGACAAAUCAAGUUUGUACAUUUAAAAGUACAUUUAACUACAAUAAAUAAGUGUUUCUUCCGGGCUGCCUUUCUGAAAGAAACGACUAAAACCAGACUUACUUGGUUGGUUGUGCUUAGCUGGACUCCCAGUCUGGCCAAACUGGUCUUCAGCUGGUUUAGUUGGUCCUCAAGCCUGACAAGUGCUCAAAACCCUCCAGAAACCAGCAAACCUGACCUGGCUGUGAGACCAGUAAAGAUCAGCAAACCAACUAAGGCUGGCUAAAGCAGUGAAGAAUCAAGAAUUUGCAUAAAGAACAUAAAUUACAGGGUGAAAUACAGGUGAAGGCUCAAAUGGAGAAAAAUGAAGCGAAGGAAAAUGGUUUAUUCAGUUCAGUUUUAUUUGAUAUUCCUUCAGUGUAAUAACAUGAUACUUACUACAUGCAAUGUUGUACAGGAGCAAUGCCUCAGCAACAUGCUACACAAAAUAAAUACCGGUAGUAACAAAGUUGGAGAGAAGCGAUUUAAUCAAAACUCUGUUUAGUACCUCUCUGAAUGAGAAAGGAAACUGAGGUCUUUGAGCAAACUCCCUUUUCUCACGCUUAGCAAUCCGGGAUGGAAAAGAGUUUUCAGCCCUGUUAUUGCCAGAUACAGAAAAAGUUAUUCCAGUCCUUGCAUUAAAUGUAGUAAAAUGGGUGGGGACCAUGAGCCCACACAGUGCAUUUAAUUUGGGAAAUAAGAGGGAUUUUAAACAUAUCAGAUUAGCUGAGCUCAUGUCGGGAUGAUAGCUGUUUGUGGUAUAUUGUUGAGUAUUGUUUCAGGCUAACGCAAAAACAUUUUUUAGGUCUUUGGUUGGACCCCUAUACAGCAUGUUAAAGGGAAAAAGCCAGAAGCCUACCAUAUAAAUACAAUAAAAAAUCCAAAAAUCUCCCAAAUCAAAUAUCAUACAGAUCCGAUCGUAAAGUGAAGCCAAAAAGUAAACACUGUUGUCUCACAUGCUGUGGAACUCUGCUUUAUCAUGCUAAUAAAAUAUAACAGAUAACUCAACUGGCCCUCCAACAAAACAAGGC